AUACGUCUAGCAACAGGUCUCUUUCUGGGCAACUCAUGAUGACAAAAAGGGGUGGUUAACGGCUGCGCACCACGUUAAAGCUGUUGCGCCCGCCCUACAAGAGUAGCCCAGGGCACUACCUCCCACUUUUUCCGCUCGUCGCCCGUCUUCCAAACAUUGCCAUCUUCAAUUCACAGUGUUUCCAACCUAGAAAGGGUGAGCGGGUGGUUUAACAUUUCGUUCCCAUGUCCCGCUGUCCGCUACCGACAAGGAAUAGAUAAGCUUUGACACAUUUCUAGCCAUGUCACACUCCUAUUCCUUCCGUCAUGGUAAGAGCCAAUCGGUCUCAUCUUCUUCAUCCGGUGGUCAUCAGCGAGUUACGUACGGCAGCCGAUCGACUAGCACUGGAACGCCACCGCCAACGCCAACCAUUCGAGUCACAUCGCCUGUUCCGGAUGUCGUCGGAAUGAUUGAUAUUUGGGAUCCGGAAGUUGUGGAGGAUGAAGCACCUUCGACCAGCCCGAAAACGUACAGCUUCCGCUAUAAAGAGGAGAAACAACAUAAACCGCGCAAACAUCACGCGGAAAACAAAACGAAUUUCACUGAUUCCGGCAUGCAAGCUGAUCCUAUCGAAUUAGAGGCAUCUUCCGGGCAUCCAGAGUUAACGACGUUACCCGCCGAAGGGACAGGCACUUACGUAAUCCAAUUGAGCGACGGGAGUCCGGUUGAAGACGACGGAUUGAAGACGGCCGGUGAGUCGGAGGAAUCGUCCGACUGCGACGAAAUGAGUCAAAUCAGUGCCGUCACUCAGAUUCCGCGCAGUGAGUCCCAACGAACCCCGGAAGCUGCUGACGAAGUGGAAACAGCUGAGCAGAAUGAUCCAUUAAUCUCAGCCAACCAAAUAAAUGAUCAACCAAUUCCCGAGGAAAGUCCUGCCGCUGAUGAACCAGCACCGUCGAUUCCGAAUUCUCAUCCCGUCUGGGAUGAGAUGCAAUCGUCAUCCGAUGCCGACAAACCCAUCAAACGAGUGCAAUUCAGCCGCUCCUUGAGUUUAGUUCCAGGAUCGAGUGCGGCCCAUCAAACAGCUUCGAUCGAAUUGGAUCAGCGAGCAGUUCGUAGCGGCGCGGGAAGACGCUACUCCAGCAUGGAUUCGGGAGCUAACGGCGACACGUUUCCAUCGAUGUUAACCUUUGGCGAACAUCACCAACAGUUCGCUGUUUCCGAGCGCAAAAUGCUGAGCCCAACUCCCGAAUCAGCUCUAGAAAACGCCCAGUCACCGCAACAGGAAGGAGAGCCAAUCGUCGCAACGAACGUUGAAGAAGAUGCAUUGCCAAAAGACUGCCAACAACAAUCAGACGACACAAAGGCGGCGUUAUCAGUGACGGUAGAGGACGUGGGUGAAGGAACGAAUCACGAUCCGACUUGCGAUCUCUUCGACCGAUUAAACGCCCUCAAAAAUGAUGAAGAACUGAUGGAUUUGGCUACGGGUUUUGUGCUCCAGUUGCUUCGUUCAGCUCAAGAAGAGACUCUCAAGCGCGGUCACGUAGCCAGCAAGAUAGAGCAGAAGGCCAAAUUAAGUCUCGAAUUGCAACAUGUUGCCGUUCCAAAGGAUAGACAUAACCGUAAAUGGUACAGUCGCCUGCGAAUGCUUUUGUUACGGACCUUGACGUGCACUUGCGUCCCGGCUCAUCCCAACAUCCAAUCGCCGUUGUCCAACUAAAAAGAGUUGUAUACAGCAUGCUAUUCGACUGCUUCUUCAACUGAUGCCCAUCUCUGGGCGAUGGCUCGCUCACGGCCGCCUCCAAGUCUAUAAAGAUACAUCAACCCCAAUGUAUUUCCCUCGAUCGGAUAACCAAAUCGAAAUUAAAUAUAUAGAUUAAUCUUUUACCUUGAAUUCUAAGAUAUCAUACCUCCGUUAUCCCCUGUCAUUUACCUUCUAUAUCGUGAAACCGAGAAUUGAUGUCUGCAUAUCGUGUCAUAAUUACACGUUGAUGUUGUUAAGAAAAGAAAAUGAACAAAAAAGGAAACAAUAAAAAAAAAAAAACAUAUAAAUAAAGCGUAAUGAUCUAGA